AUGAUAGUGGUGAACCCCAACAAGAAGACUGAGGUUGGGAAUGAAAUAGGCUACUGUUUGAUCCCGGGUGGAUCUGCAACAAGUCCAUUGUUAAGUGACAAUGAUUACCCACAAAUCCGCGGAGGUUUUACCAAGUACAAUGUGUGGGUAACACCUUAUAACAAGUCUGAGAAAUGGGCAGGAGGAUUAUAUACUGAUCAAAGCCAUGGGGAUGAUACAUUAGCCAUAUGGAGCCUCAGGGAUAGGGAAAUCAAGAACAAGGAUAUUGUAUUAUGGUACACAUUUGGUGUUCAUCAUGUACCCAAACAAGAAGAUUUUCCAAUUAUGCCAACAUUAAGCACUAGUUUUGAGCUCAAGCCUACUAAUUUCUUUCAGCAUAAUCCAGUUCUUUAA